CCUCCACUCAUGCUUAUCUCUCGAACACAAAAGAGACACGACAUGGGCAGAUUCAAUGGCCCAUUAUGGCUCCGAGCGAGGCCAAGCAACAGUAUUUCAUCGAUUCCGCCAUCAACAGUUGGACACCGACUUCGCAGGUAUCGAUGGCGUACUUUCCUCAACCUCACAAGCCCACUACUCCUCGUCGGCUUUUAUGCUUUCAUCUGCCUCUACUACCUCAACAGACCACCCGAGAACGGCAUUGUACAGACUGACGACACGAACGCACGCUGGGUCUUCUAUCUUUGGUUCCUAGCCUCGAUUUUCGUCUUGGAUUGGGCAAAGACAGCUCUUGCCAAAUUCGAGGCUGCCGCUCUCAUGGAGCCUCGAUUGGCCCCAACUUCCGCGAUGGAACUAAUGUGGCAUGGUGAUGCCAACUGGUCAAAUUUCCUAUGGUGGCUACGGGCCAUACGAAGUUUCCUCGUUACCCGUUCCUUCCGUCUGCGGACGAGGACUAUGUGUAACCGCCACUACCUCAAGUCGACACCAGAUUCUCUGUGGAUUUUUCUAAGCACCAUCUCUCUGCUGAUCUUUGCCGCCGUACCACUCAGCGGCCUGACUAUAGAGCUAGCGACCAUGUCGUCAGCAGGUCAGCAACUUGCGCCAAUCCUAGGGCCGAACCCUCGGACGUUCAACUUGAGAGGCUCACUAGGACCACACGACUUGACGAGAGGCAGGUGGCGUAAUGGCGAGCUUACAACACCAGCCGAUGCAUCUAUAUUUUAUGCGCCUGAAGGAACAGCUAAUGUGUCGAACACAUACUUCCAUGAUCGGGUACAAAAUACAGGCCUAUCUGGUCCUGUUCGGGCAUUCCUUGGUCCAGCCGUCACAAAUCUAGUAGCCGGAAAUGCUUGGGGGGUCGAGGCAGAAAUGCACUGUCGCCAGGUCCGUCGCCAAGAUCUACAGCUCCUUCAGAUAUCGGACAUCAACAGUACGGGGGUCAAGGUACGAUACUCCCAAGGUUGGAGUUCUCCAGGAAACUCAGACAUAACCCUAGCCUACAACGAGACAGGGGUAUUAUGGCAAAAGACUACGUUCAAGCUUAUUGUGGCGGCAGAUGGUACCUGGUAUGGCGACACACCAUAUAGCGUUGCCGCCAAUCAUGACAUGUCUACCAUCGACGCGAUUUUCAACCACGCACCGGAAGAUCAACCGACGACGGCCGUUUUCGAGGCUUAUCUAUGGCAAGGAUGCGAUUCACAAGUCCAUGAUGCUUUCAUGCAAAGCCUCCUAAGCAAUGAGUCUAGUCUUAUUGACAGGGAUGAAACGCUAAACGGUUUUAAUGGAGCUGGGUACAGCCUCCAAUGCAGCAUCAAAUCUGCGGUUGGAAAUGCGACAGUUGAUCCUGGCCGCCGGACCUACCGCGCUUUCACACGGGGCACUGUAGCCAAAACUACCUCUACCGACCAAGACACGUAUCCUCUACAAGUCCUAGCAGUUGAAGCGUUCGGCAACUGGGACAUCAACAACUACGCGAUGAGAGGCCACGACGGCUACAGCACGGAUAACUCGUGGAUAACUCUACACCUUGCAUUGGGCAUCCCCCCCUACUUUAACCUGAUGACUCUCGGCGAUGGCUACCUUGGCGAUCAAGCUGAUACCUACAGGGCUCUGAUGCCGGUGGAUCUGACCCUUGCCAUCUACAAACUUUUUGGCAACGCCAUGAUUACAAUGAUGAGUCCCGGCUGCCAAGAAGCCUGGUACGGAGGCUUGCAUGAGCUCGAGUAUACGCGAUAUAUCGUCGCGGGAGUUAUCGGCUGGCAAUACAUCCUGGCCCUAUUCGGUGUCUGGGCCAGCGUGGUGUUUGCCAUAUCUGUAUGGUUACUCUGCACGAAAAGAUGGUCUCCGACGCUAGGUAGUUUCGAAUUCUUCAGACUUGGUGCUCAAUAUACGGCCGAGGUCAACCAUUUCGACGAGCCCAGGUUCGAAGCGUGUGCAUCGUUGCAGAACAUUCCAGGCAUGAUUGGCGUGUUGCCCGGAGAAAAGAGCGACGGCACUGCUGGGUUCAUUGGGCUGAGUGAGAACAUGGCAGACCCUGACAAGGCUUAUGUUUUCGACCGUAAGCUUGCGGCCAUGCAUCGAAUCGCUUGACGCCUGUGACUAUUGUUUGGAUAUGCACAAGGGUGCCUCGGAUACUAUCAAUGUUGUGCAAGCUUGCUGUCUGAAUGCCAGGACCUUGAUGCCCUUGAACAACGAGAUCGCGGUAUUGCAAAGCAGUGUGGCUUGUACUUGUACGACUUUUUGUUUCAGCACAGAGGUCUUGAUGCCCUUUGACAAAAAGUCCGUGAUAUCGCAGAAGAUCUACAUGGCCUGCAUACAGGUAUGGACGACGCUGGUCAGGUACCCGAUCGUGCAAGGAGCGCAACUGCAUUCACAUCACCACGGCGGAUUCAGAAAUGUGCUACUCCCAUUCGCAAUUUCACUUGCGAUUCUUAGUUGUGACAGUCCUUUGAAUGGCACCGGAAGAAGUCUGACAAAUAGACAGAAAGCUGCAACAACGAUGGGGUAAGAGGAUCGCGUGAACAGUGUGCACAGG